UAUAUAAAGGAAACAAAAAAUGAAAUGUAUCACCACAAAAAAUUUCAUUCAUUCCUUUGUUUCUUACUUCACUCACCAAAACCAAUGACUACUCUUACCUCAAAUCUAAACCUUAUCUCACAACAUUCUAAAAAUCAUCAACAACACCAUAGUUCUUCAAUUGUUGAGGAAAUUAAAGGCCUAAUUAGAGUACACAAAGAUGGUUACAUAGAAAGACCAAAUAUUGUUCCAUGUGUCACAACUGAUUUAUCUCCAAAUUUGAAUGUUAUUUCUAGAGACAUAAUCAUUGACAAUGUUACAAAUAUUUGGGCACGUUUUUAUGUUCCAAAUUCUCAAAUAAAAAACCUACCUAUAUUAGUUUAUUUUCAUGGUGGUGGCUUUUGUGUUGGUUCUGCAGCUUGGAGUUGCUACCAUGAAUUUCUUGCUAUGCUAUGUUCAAAAAUUGGUUGCUUAAUUAUGUCAGUUAAUUAUAGAUUAGCACCAGAAAAUCCUCUUCCAGCACCUUAUGAUGAUGGUUUAAAUGCAUUAAUAUGGUUGAAAAAACAAUUUUUAUAUCAAAAUGAAAAUAGUGAAUUUUCAUGGUGGACUAAAAAAUGCAACUUUUCUAAUGUCUUUUUAGGUGGUGAUAGUGCAGGUGGUAACAUAGCUUAUAAUGUUGCCAAAAGGGUAAAUUCAUGUGAAAGUGAUUUUUUAAGGCCUUUAAAUUUAAAGGGUCUUAUUUUGAUACAACCAUUUUUUGGUGGAAAAGUUAGAACAGAAUCAGAGAAAUGUAUAGCUGGUUCUGCUUUGAAUUUGGUAGCAUCGGAUACUUAUUGGCGAUUGGCGUUACCGUAUGGCGAAGAUCGUGAUCAUCCGUGGUGUAAUCCAUUGGUGAAAUUGGAGGAAUUGAAGGUAUUGAUGAUGCCUAUGUUGGUUUGUAUUUCUGAAAUGGAUAUAUUGAAAGAUAGGAACUUGGAGUUUUGUGAUGCUUUGGAAAGUGUUGGUAAAAGGGUUGAGUAUGAAGUGUUUAAAGGUGUAGGACAUGCUUUUCAGAUUCUUAGUAAAUCUCAGGUUUCUAAGAUAAGAGUUGUUCAAAUGAUGGAUUGUGUCAAAUCCUUCAUGGAUCUUUGAUGAUUCUGUUUUUAUUUUAUCUUUGAUUAAUGCUUAAAUCUCUAUGUGUGUGUACAAUAUAUUGGACUCUUGCUCAAUUUGUAAAUAUUUGUAGAAAAGCUUUAUGCUUAUUAAAGAAAUGAGAAAAUCUUGUUCUUAAAAGGUUUCAAUAGAAAUUUAUGUUAU